AUGUAUGCCGCGAGCGCCUGGGAGCAGGCAGCGAGAAAGAAGUGCGUGAAAGUCCAAUUAGACCGGAUACAGAGGCUCUUUCUACAAAAAAAAAACUGUAAAGCAUACAGAACUGUCUCGCUGCACUCGGGAUUAGUCCUCACUGGGUUACUUCCACUAAACUUGAGGAUUGAGGAAGCGGGAGUUCUGUACAAAAUAAAGAGGGGCUUGCAUCCCCUCCCAGAGCUAGACGCAGAACCAGAGGGCAGAUCGGACGCGUUGGAAGUACCACACCCUGCGGAUGAGCCCCUGUUGACAUUCACGACGUAUGACUCCGACUUAAACAUAGAGAGACAGACAGACGUGACAAAUAUCUUCACUGACGGUAGUAAAUCUGAUGAUGGGGUGGGUGCGGCAGUCGUUAUUUACAGAAGUAGGACAGACGAAAAAUCAGUAAAAAUAAAAUUAGCGUCUUACUGUAGUGUCUUUCAGGCCGAGAUGGUGGCGCUGCACAGAGCAUUUGAGCUAGCGGAGAAGGAAAAGAGCCCGACAAUAAAUGUCUGUAGCGACGCCAGAUCGGCACUGGAGGACAUUACUAGCGGCCGUUCUCUCAAUUCACUCACGAGCCAAAUAAGGCGUAAAAUUAAUAAAAUGCGUGAAUUAAAAACUAUAAAUCUCUUUUGGAUAAAGGCUCACGCUGGACACGAGGGGAAUGAGAGGGCGGACCUGCUAGCGAAGGAAGCCGCCCAAAACAAUAAAAAGAAGCCAGACUACGACCUUUGCCCAAUCUCUACUAUAAAAAGACUAAUUAGGACAGAAACGGUGCAGCGUUGGGAGGAGGAUUACCAAAACGGAGAAACAGCCUCAACAACGAAAAUCUUCCUCCCAACAGCUGCAGCCGCUUUUAGGAUCAUGAAAAGGGUGGGAUUGGACGGCGAAACAACACAGGUUUUAAUGGGGCAUGGUGGUUUAGCCGCAUAUCUCCACAGGUUCAAACGUAAGGACAGCCCCGUUUGCGCCUGUGGAGACGAGGAUGAAACGGUGCCCCAUUUGUUGAUUCGCUGCCCAAUCCACGCCCUCGAAAGACACAAACUAGAAAACCGACUUGACAUUGACUUGACAGAAAGUAACUUGAAAAUAAUCAUGAUGGACGACGGGAUGAGGCCUCCUUUGCUACAAUUCUGUAAGCAAAUAUUAAAAAUAGCAAAUAAACGGAAUAAAUAA